GCUGUUGCUGUCUCAUCACAUGGCUUCCUCUGAAGACUCCAGAGACUGCGGAGCUAACCUCAGAGACCCCAGCAUUGGGACACACUUGGAGACCAGCUCUGGAGAGAAGCCGAAUCGCCCUCAGAAGGCCAUCCCUAAAGCUCAUGUGACCUUCCUCGUUGACUGCACUCGAGGGGAACGGCUCUUGCUGCCAGCCACUCCCAUGGCGCAUGGAGGCUGGAGGCCCCCACAAAGCCCUGCUAUGCCACCAAUGAAGACCUACAUGGUGUUCUGUGGGGAGAGCACAGCUCAGAAGAUGCCCCUGGAGAGUGGACUCCAGGCUCAGCCGCCGUGCAAAGGGGUUAAGACCCCAGAUUCCUCCGCAGUUGGCUCACUCUGCCCCCAGGAGGUUUCAAGUGCCAAGGGGAACCCCUCAAAGGGUGGGCCUGGCAGGUCUUCAACGUGGGGCACAGUCAAGGGCUCGCUCAAAGCCCUCUCUUCCUGUGUCUGCGGGCAGGCAGAUUAGUGGGAAGGGUCAGGCCAUGGAAAGUGGGCUGCCAUCGUCAGGACCAACCUACACUUCCCCAGUCAAGCCAGAGUCUUGGGUGAGCCAGAGAAGGACCCUGGAGACAACCUUUGGGGUAGUGAUCCUACUUCUACUCUCAUACCAUCACCUCCAGCUUGGCAGGGAUUAAUCCAUUCCUGCAGCAAAUAUGACCAGCAUCUUCCCCCACGCCAGGUUCUGGCUGGGGAGUGUAUGCUAUACAGCUUUCUUGGCAGUAGGAGAAGGGGGAAGGACAACAGGAAUCACCCAUUAAGUUGAUGUUGAACAGCGAUGGAUGCUGUGCAGGCACAAGUCAGAUGCUGUGAUGGAACAUGCCUGGGGGAAGAACUUUGUGACUGGAAUCUAGGAAGAGUGUCUCUGAGCAGGAAAUAAAGCAUGAACUAACCUAGGAGGGGCAGGUGUUUGGGUAGCCAUCAAGAUGCCCUUUGGAACACCCACAUAAUAGAGUGCCUGGAUUUGGGUCCUCACUUGGUUCUAAAUUCAAGCUUUCUGCUGAUUUGCAUCCUCGGAGACAGUGGGGGAGAACACAAGUGCUUGGGGCACAGUCCAGGGCUCACUCAAAGCCCGUGUGGGAGGCUUGGGUGGAGUGCGGGGCUCCUGGCUUUAGCCCAGCCCCAGCUGUUGUGGGCAUUUGGGGACUGAACCAGCAAAGGGAAUGGGAAA